AUGGAUCCAGCAACACCAAAACAAGUGGCCGAGCAAGCAGUGCCUGAACUUCCGUCUCCCUCGUCAGACGCAGAAAAGAUCAGAUUAAAACGUUUAGCGAAGCUUCAACAAAAUAGUUCAGACAACUCUGUUGGAACUUCAAGGACUUUCGCGUCGUCUUCUAAUACCGCGUCUGCUACUGCUCCGACUUCGCUCAAAAGUCAAAGUAAACAGCUACAACAACAAAAGGAUAAGGGAAGGUUGGAACCUAUGAAUACUACAUCGGUUUCACCAAAACCAAAACAGCCUGUUAAAUCCUUUGAAGAUUGGCAAAAUGAUGUCAUCUCCAAAAUCCUUCAAAUUACACUUGAUAAAUCAUCGGCCGAAAAAAGUGACUCUCAAUUGAUUUAUCUAUAUUCCCAAGUUGCGGAGUUAAAGGAAGAGGAUCCUGAGAAUACAUCAUUCAAAUUAUCACAAUCUAUUCUUGAAAGUGCUCUAGUUGCUCGAUUAUCUAUUAAUCCAGAUCAAAUGAGUGAUGAUGAGGAAAUUGUACAGGCGAUUUCGAAAUUGCCUCGUACACCCACAUUUGAUUAUCUGCUGGACAGCUGGAAACGAGCAGUUGAGAUUAAGAAAAACUUGCUAACACGCGCGUCUAAGACAUUAGAACCUUCAAUUAUUAACGAACGAGUUAAUGUCUUGGAUACAAUAAAAGAUCUAUUAGUAAACUAUGCCGGAUUGAUUAUUCAAUAUCCUGAUAUGUUCCCACAAGUAAAUAAUUCAAUGAAUUUAGGUCCCGAACAGCUCGUUCCAAGACUAUUGGCCGAUGUUAAUACUACUGAAGGGUUACCUUGGGACUUUAUUCAGGAAUUGUCUGCAAAAAUUGAUGAGGAAGGAUUUGAACAAGUUUUUGGACAAGCUUUAAUUGGGUUGACGGCUCAAAUGCGUUCGAAAAAAAUCUUGGAUGAUUUUUUACGACCACUUAAUGCAUGUAGUUUUAAAUGCUGGAAUCCUCCUAAUUUGACUGCCAAAACGUUCGAGGUUAUGUCUUUUUUAGGCCCAUUUUGUCGGUUAUCCGUUUUUCCAUUGGACGAGCCAACUAUAGCGGAAAGUUAUUUUAGUAACGUUCAACAAAGAAGUAAAGCUGAUGUGGAUUCUGCUAUGAUAAGUCUGAGGGGUGCUAUACGAGGAGUACAGAAAUCUCUUUUUAAUAUAUUUAAUAAUAUUGUACGUUCUUCACCGUCUUCAAAAGAAGCUGUACUUUCUUAUUUUGCCACAGUUAUUAAGUUGAACGAAAAAAGAGCACAAAUGCAGGUUGAUCCUUCGCAAGUAGGAACCGAUGGGUUUCUAAUGAAUCUAAGUUCUGUACUAUUAACUUUCGCGGAUCCUUUUAUGGGUUAUACUAAGAUCGAUCGUAUCGACGUUAAUUAUUUCAGAAAGUCGAAACGAAUUGAUAUUAGUCAAGAAACAAAAAUUAAGGCAACUCAACAAGAAUCAGACGCAUACUAUUCUUUGGAAAAUGAGAAAGCAAUCCAUCAUUAUGGACCAUUGCAAUGUUAUGAUAAUUAUAAUAAUCUGAACAGAGAUCUUAUGGAAUUACAAAAACAGUAUGAUGGGAUGAGAGCUGAUCAACCAAACUGGGCAGGGACUCCAGCUGCUGCUAUCAAUGAAGUUCUACUAAAGCGUUGUAAGGAUCAACUCGACAAAUGGGCUUCGCAUAAAAUAGCGUAUGAUUCUCAAUUGUUAGAUCCGGAAUCCUUAUCCCAUUCACUACAAUUUUAUAACUUAGUGAUUAAUUGGGUGUUAAGAAUUGUUGAUCCUACAGGUCAACAUCCUAAAAAGCAAAUUAGCUUACCUUUACCGCCAACCCCUCCAAAGGAAUUUAUUAUGUUACCUGAAUUUAUCAUUGAAGACGUUACCGAAUUUUUCUUGUUCAUUUCCAGAUAUAACCCCCGAGUAAUACUUUCUGGCUCGCGUGACGAGCUGAUAAUUUUCAUUAUCACUUUUCUUAAAUCUUCGUCAUAUAUUAAGAAUCCAUAUUUGAAAGCAAAGUUUGUAGAAAUCUUGUUCUAUUACACAACACGAAAUGACAAUGAAGGUGGUAUGGGGGCUAUUUUAAAUUCACAUCCUAUUUCUUUGGAGCAUUUAAUGUCAUCUUUAAUGUCUUUUUAUGUUGGUGGAACAGACCGGAAUGCACACUCAAUUUUAUGA